AAGCAGACGACAUAUCAAGGGAUGGAGCCCGGCUCUAAAAGCAGUUCCAGGGUUUUGCGCCCUCCCGGUGGCGGCUCCAAUAUUUCACUUGGUGCAGAUGAGGAGAAGCCACCCGUCCGGAAAAACAAGAUGGCUUCCAGUGUUUUCGCUGAGCCAGAGGACCCCUAUGCCAAUCGAAGGAACAACCCACCAGGUGGGAAGCCCACAGGUGUGCUUUGUGGUGAGCCAUCAGCCCCCCUGAGGAGAGGAGGGAACCAGACCACCAACCACUCUGCUGACGCCUCCGCCACAGAUGGAGAAAAUUCUGUACGCGAUUAUGAAAACAGUGCUCCUGAGCCUGAAGCAGUUCCAGAGCAGAAGGAAGAGGCCCCUGCAGCUGACGAUCCCGCUGCAGGAGUACCGUCUGGUCGCAGGAACCCCCCUGGGGGCAAGUCCAGCCUCAUCCUGGGUUGAAUCCCAGCCAACCCCCCCCCCCCCCCCCCCUUACAUCCAUUCAUCUCUGAACUCAUCUUUUUUUUUUAAAAAACAAGGACCCCCGCCCCCUUUGUCUGUACCGCAGGAAUCCUAACUGGUGUCCAGUCGACACCUCUGUCCUCCACAUCCCCAAGUGCAUUGUUUUGAUACCUCUUUUUUGAAAACCGUUUUGUACUGUUUUUAUUGUUUGUUUGUUUUGACAGAAGCACUUUAUGUAUUUCUAUGUAUAAGGUUCAAAGUCUGCCUUUGCCCCUGUAAUGCAUUAGACCUGCCAGACAGGGUACAAGGAUCACACCCUCAUAUCAACAAAAAGUAAUUAAUCUCCCCUAACUAUAUUGCGACAGCACAAGCUGUGCAUGAUUAUACAAGCAGUUUCCAGAACACGAGCAAAAAAGAAAGCUGUCACUUUUGCACUGUGUUCGGUUUUGACCCAUCUUGCAUGCACGUCUGGUCUGUAACGUAUGAAUGUGAGAAGAAACAUAACUGUGAAGAUUUUUCUUUUUAUUUUAACCUGUUUGUUAGUUGUUUUUUGUGGAAUAAUUGUAUUGUUGUUGCAUGAAGUUGGAAUCUUUCUACUGAUAAUAUUAUUAUCCACUUAGGAGCCACAUAAAUGACUGUCAUUGUGAUCUGAAGGAUGCAAACAUUUGUCUUCAGAUAGGUACUAUAGGUCCCAUGUCAGGUAACAGAAUUGGAAUAAGCCUUUUUUAUAUUGUAGUCAAUAACCUUAGAUUAUUGUAACCCCAGUGCCGGUUUUGAGUGCCCCAUGUUUUUAUAGGUAAAAUUUACUCUAAAAUAAAGUGUGCCUGUUUGUGUGUUAGGCUACAGCAUCAAAUAAGGUUGGGUUUCUGUAAUUGCAUCCUACCAGUGUCAACCAGCCCUGUUUUUCCUUUGCGAGGCAAUGGAAUGUUGUUGGUCCUGACGUGUUUCUGGUAAACCCAUCCUAAAUUUGACAAGUGACCUUAUGACAGCUCAGCCUUUUUUUUUUUUUUCCUUUUUUUUUUUUCAUAUGUUUUACCCCCCCUUAUACAUAUAUUUAUCAUUCUGCUCACUGGAAACAUAGUACAGUCUUUUUGUACAUUUCAUUGUCACAUUAUUUAAACCAAAAUUCCAACUCCCUCCUGCUUCUGUCUUGUUGAGUCAUGUGUGUGACUGCUGUGUCAGCCAGCCGUCAUGCAAGAAGACCUACAUUUCAGGUACAUGAAAUGUAAUCCCUGUGGUGUCUAUUUUUAACGUCUGUUAAAAAGAUAUGUGUGUUUGCAUCCUAUACCAAUUCCUGUUGCUGGAUGUAAGUCACUGCUGAAAUUUGAAAUUAAGAAAUGGCACAAGUGGAAAUGAACAUUAAAAAUCAAUUCUGACCA